UAGGCUCGCAUUCAAGCAACAAUAUAUAGGAGGAAGUGCAGAAGCAAAGCAAGAGAUGGAAGCGGCUGGGUAUCGCUCUCGCGUCGUGGCUGAAGUCGACCCCCGCAGCGAAUGGGUUCAUGGGGACGACUUCGACACGCUCAUCGUCGACGUCUCAGGAUUCACCAGGGACCAGCUCAAGGUCCAGGUGGAGCCGUCGGGGAGCCUCAAGAUCAGCGGCGAGCGCGCCCUCAACGGAGGCCGGCAGUGGUGCCACUUCCUGAACGACCUCUCCGGCGUCUUUGACGCCGCGGCGAUCAAGGUCCAGCUCGACAAGGGAGUCCUCUACAUCCAGGUGCCCCGUUCCACCGACGACAGCCAAGAGGACGCGCCGCGAGAAGAGGAGGACACCGGCCUGUCCUGGAGCGGCGGCCACACGGCGGCGUGGCGGGCCGUUGAGCACCGGGCGUGGUGUCUGGCCACGAGCCUGGGCAAGCACCGAUACGUCGUCCUGAACGUCAUGCUCGCCGUCGUGCUCCUCUGGCUCGUCGCGUUCGCCUACAGCAAGCAGAGCGGUGGCCUGAUCAAGAACGAAUGAGGCAAGCGACACAAAUGCACGCACAGCAGGACACUCGUACAACACAACAGAUCCAUGUAAUCAUUUAGUAGGUCAGAGGAUCCGCUUCCACAUACAUGCUGCGAGAAGUGCAUGGAUGAAUCGGGAUACAUAUGAACACAUUUUGAAAAACACAUUUCUAAAUGCUAAAAAAAUCUAAAAAGAAACCAAAAUUACACAAGUUGAGCUAGCUGGUGUCGUUGUGGUCUGGUGGAUGAAACCAAAAUUACACAUACUGGAUCUCAUCAUACACGCAUCAAAACAGUAGCAAACAUACUAUAGUAUGCAAGAAUAAUAAAGUCCUACAACCAAUCUAUUUUCAAAGAAGCAAAUCACUUGGUUAUAAGACAAAAAUACCCAUUUGGAGCUCUUAUAACUCAAAACUUCAAAGAAUGAAACAGCUAUAGCAUGCAGGAAUAAUAAAUCCUACAACCAAUCUAUUUUCAAAGAAGCAAAUCAAUAGGUUAUAAGACAAAACAAUACCCAUUUAGAGAUCUUCUAACUCAAAACUUCAACCAAACAAACAACUAUAGCGUGCAAGAAUAAUAAAGUCCUACAACGAAUCUGUUUUCAAUGAAGCAAAUCAAUAGGUUAUAAGACAAAACAAUACCCAUUUAGAGAUCUUCUAACUCCCUGCAACAAUGAACUUUUGUUCAAAACCAUAAAAACAACUAUAGCAUGGAAGAAUAAUAAAGUCCUGCAACAAUGAACUUUUGUUCAAAACUGACUAAGGCCCUAAGUAAAAAAAGACAUAUUAACAAAUUUAAAUUACUAACAAAUCUAUCCAACUUUGCGAAGACUUACAAGAAGUGGUAAACAGGUAUUCUUGUCACAUUACAAGUUUACAA